CAAUUGCAUGUGCUUUGCUAUGGUAAGCAUGAAAAGAACACAGAACAGAACCCAACGAAUACCAGCAUAUUAGAAAAAAAAUAAGAAGAAAGAUUACAUUUAAAUGUAUCGUCCUAUAGUCUUGACCUGAUGGACUGUUCCUAAAGUCUGUUUUGUUCAUCCAGACUUAACAGACUGAAAGAGUGUGCAUCCAUACAAAACCUCCUCAACACUGCCAAGCAUAUUUACAAUUUGAACACAUGUGAGGUCAUCGAGGAGGAGUGUAAAACUUCAUUGUUCAGGACCUGAAUAGAUUAGCAGAACAAUAGGGAGCAUUAGGACCCUGAGGCGGGGAAGGCUUGCUGCUCUCUCAUUAUCCAUUGAUUUGACAGCUUGAGCGGACGACCAGUCAGAGAAAGGAUGUGAAGGGGAGAAGGAGGCGGCUUGCGGUUUCGUGCGGCACCGCUGAACUUUUGUAAAAAAUUCCUUGGCUGUUUUAAAGGCUGUCGGCAAGUCAUCUGCGAUGCCUGUCAAACACAGCCGGUCUGUAUUCGACACAUUUUCAACCGGAUAAUCCCGAUUUGGCGUUUGGAUUAUCGCCGCUGCUGUGUUUUGUGAGUGGAGAAGAAAUCAAUCGGAUCUGUCAAGACGAGGUUUUCUGUGAAACUCUCGACUUGUUCCUCAUAUUAGGAGUCAACUAUAAGACUUAACAAGCAGCUGGUGCAGCUUCAACUAGUCACACAGUUUGUAGACUGGAAGUGGAGACUGGAGACGCACACGUGUAUCCAUCCAUCCGCUUCCUCCCGGCUGCCAACGCAUCGAUCCAACAACCCUGCCUGGAUAAAGUUGUUUUCUUGUUUGGGAUUUCGUCAAACACCUAAAGAUAUAGAGACAAACAUGUCGCUAAGCAGAAGUAUUGAGUUUGAACACUUUGAGGAGCGAGAGAAGCCGCACCGGACUCCAAGGACCAACUCGGUCUCCGGGUCUCAGUCUGGCUCCAGAGGCAACGGUCUGGUCCCCAGCCCUGCGCACAGUGCGCACUGUAGUUUCUACCGCACACGCACUCUCCAGUCGCUCACCUCCGAGAAAAAAGCCAGAAAAGUGCGGUUUUAUCGCAAUGGUGACAAGUAUUUCAAAGGUUUGGUGUAUGCCGUAUCUCACGACCGGUUCAGGUCCCUGGAUGCUCUGCUCAUGGAGCUCACACGGUCCCUGUCGGACAACGUCAACCUUCCUCAAGGAGUCCGGGUGUUGUACGCGCUGGAUGGAGGGAGGAAGAUCACAAGUCUGGAUGAGUUAGUAGAGGGUGAGAGUUAUGUGUGUGCUUCCAAUGAACCCUUCCGACGUGUGGACUACACCAAGAACGUCAACCCCAACUGGUCAGUGGGCAGCAAGACUGGCACAUCACGCUCGCUCACCUCUCUCAUCCCGUUGAAGAGCGAGCUGCAGCGCGAGUCCAAGGACUUCAUCAAACCCAAGCUAGUCACAGUCAUCCGCAGCGGCGUCAAACCCCGCAAGGCAGUUCGGAUUCUGCUCAAUAAGAAGACAGCCCACUCCUUUGAGCAGGUGCUCACCGAUAUCACGGAUGCAAUCAAGUUGGACUCUGGAGCUGUGAGGAGACUGUACACUCUGGAAGGCAAGCAGAUCAUCUGCCUACAGGACUUCUUUGGGGAUGAUGAUGUGUUUAUAGCGUGCGGCCCAGAGAAGUACCGUUAUGCCCAGGAUGACUUUGUGUUGGAUCACAGUGGUAAGGCUUCCACAGCCUUUAUGACUGAAUGCAGAGUACUGAAGUCAUCAUACAGCCGCUCUGCCACUCCGAAUCGGACUAAGAGCCCUGGGCCUUCACGACGCAGCAAGUCCCCUGGUGCAGCAAGGCGUCCAGUCCACUACUCCACCAGUCAGUCUCCAAUCAAAUCCCCAGUAAAUGGUGUCAGCCAGAUCUCAACCCCAAAGUCAACCAAGUCGUCCACUCCUUCUCCCACCAGCCCCAGACCCAUCUCUAAUUUUAAGAUCCCUCCGUCACACCACAUCUCUUCCUCAAAUGUCAAUGGCUCGUUGAGCAACCACCAGGAACAAACCAAUCGACUGAGUCCAGAGGUGAACGGCAACCGCUACCUUCCUGCAUCAAACAUCUUGGAAAAAUACAAAAUUGGCAAGGUCAUCGGAGAUGGCAACUUCGCUGUGGUCAAGGAGUGUAUUGAGAGGUCCACAGGAAAAGAGUUUGCACUGAAGAUCAUCGACAAGGCCAAGUGUAGCGGAAAGGAACACCUCAUAGAGAAUGAAGUCGCAGUGCUGCGGAAGGUGAAACACCCCAACAUCAUCAUGCUGAUUGAGGAAGUGGACACUCCCUCUGAACUCUAUCUAGUUAUGGAGCUUGUCAAGGGCGGGGAUUUAUUCGAUUCCAUCACCUCCUCAGCUAAGUACACAGAGAGAGACGCCAGCAUCAUGGUGUACAAUCUCGCUGGAGCUCUGAAGUACCUACACAGCAUGAACAUUGUCCACAGAGACAUUAAACCAGAAAACCUGCUGGUGUUUGAGUAUCCAGAUGGCACCAAGUCAUUAAAGCUAGGUGACUUUGGCCUGGCUACAGUGGUGGAGGGACCCUUGUAUACUGUGUGUGGAACUCCCACAUAUGUGGCACCAGAAAUCAUCUCUGAGUCUGGUUACGGUCUGAAGGUGGAUAUCUGGGCUGCAGGUGUCAUCACCUACAUCCUUCUGUGUGGCUUUCCUCCAUUUAGAAGUGAGAGUAACCUGCAAGAGGACCUGUUUGACCAGAUCCUUUUGGGGCGGCUGGACUUUCCCAGUCCUUACUGGGACAACAUCACUGACUCAGCCAAGGAGCUGAUUGGAAAGAUGCUGCAGGUCAACGCUGAGGCUCGAUACACAGCACAAGAUGUCCUCUCCCACCCUUGGGUCACGGACGACGCAGUCAUGGAGAACAACAUGAUGGUGGAGGUGACAGGUAAACUGAAGACGCACUUUAACACUGCGCCAAAGCACAACAACACCUCAGCUGCAGUGUCUGUCAUCACGAACACAGCUCUAGAUAAGGAGACCCUCCAGCUCACCACCUGUCGUCGUCCAGGGUCCCAGACGGUGCCAUGUCCACAACCGUCUGCUGGCAAGAAAGUCCCAUCUGUCCUUCAAGUCAAACCAGCCUCGCCUUCAGAAUCAGGGCCAGCUUCUCCAACCAAACAGUCAUUGCCAACCAAACUGGCAUCACACACCAAAGUACCAAAACCCGCCGAGACUGCUCCUCUCGUGGCACCGGAGACCUUGGGGACUUCAGUGCCUGAUGCGACUACAAAUCCUCCCUGCUCUCAUUCCCCUUCUGACAGCGUUCUUUUCCUUCCCUCUGCUCCUGUAAGUUCACUUAAUUUCUCCCCUUCACCCUCUACUGAUAAUUUCCCUGCCACCUCUUUGCCUGUUUUCUCUCCUCCUGAGAUAAGAACAUCACCUACAUCACCCUCAGCUGUUCCCUGCUCAUAUCCACAAACUCUCUCACCCUCCGGUCCUCCUGCUCUUUCCGCUUGUACGACUCCUUCUACGCCUCUCUCCUGUCCUUCCCCUUCAUCUCCUACUAAACCAGCCCAAAUCUCCUUUUCUCCCCCCAAACCUGCUCCUCUUUCUCCCUCCUCUCCCACCAAACUUGCCUCCUCCUCUUCUCCAACCAAAGAAACAACAUCCCAGUCUUCCUCACCCACAAAACAAGCUUCUCCAUCCCCCGUCUCCCCCAUCAAACCUGUUUUAUUCUUCCCUUGUUCCUCCCCAAACAAACAAGCACCUUCCCCCCCAUCUCCCAAUCCAACCCUGUUCCCCUCUCCUCCUUCUACACCUCCUAGAUCCACAACCCCACCCUCUCCCAGUUCUCCACCUGCUGACGCCAUAAUUACCGAAGAGCUUAUUGAGAAGAAUUAAAUGGCUGGUCUUUUCUGUAGCCAAUUUCACCCCCAAUCCUCCUCUUUUCAUGUAUGUAUCAGAAAAAUUAAAGGCUAAAACACCACCUUGAGCAUUUCCAGUAGCUGUAAACUGAGCCAGUGACUGCUGUGUCCGCAUUUUUUUCUCUCUCUUCUCUUCUUAUCCCACUCAUUUUAAGAGGCAGAGGAUACGAGGCAUUUUCUAAGAGUUGGUCGAUUGUAUAUAUGUCUGUAUUUAUUAAUGGAGGAUGUGGAGAAAGGGAAUGAAUUGAAUAUCACUGUU